CGGGGGUCGUUAGGAGAAGAUGGGCAGUCACAUGUACUGGCUGGCAUUUGCCUUCUGCACCCUCGCUCUUGCUUCCGCGAAGGACGAGGAGCGCGCGGCGACUCCAAUCAUUCUUGACGACGAGGAGCGUGCGGCGACUCCAAUCAUUCUUGACGACGAGGAGCGUGCGGCGACUCCAAUCAUUCUUGACGGAAGUGAUGACAUAGGCCACGAGGGACCGGAUGGCAAAGCAGAAAUGAGAGAUCUGACACGAGACUUCAUGGAAACCAAUCCUAGUGUUGUGAACGGCCACCAAGUCUUUGAAGGAGACAUGGUCUUGACGGAGAGCCAGUGGCGAGCGGUCAGGGAGAGGAAGGCCCUUGCAGACCUCUCAGCGCGCUGGCCUGAACAGGGCGGCUUCCCCACCGUGCCCUACUACCUCGACACUACCGAUUCCGCCACUGUGGCUGCCAUAAAUGCAGGGAUUGCUCACUGGGAGCAAAACACCUGCAUCAGAUUCCAGCUCACGUCCAACCUCGCUCAACGGCACGUCAGGUUUUUUGAAGGGUCUGGAUGCUGGUCGUAUGUCGGCAUGCUGGCCCAGAAUGGACAAGACAUUUCCAUUGGAAGUGGCUGCAAAGAACUCGGCACCGUCGCCCAUGAGAUCGGCCACGCCAUUGGGUUCGUGCACGAGCAGAGUCGCCCCGACCGUGACGACUAUGUGGUCAUCAAUUAUGGCAACAUCCAAACUGGCAAGGAACACAACUUCAAUAAGUACAGCACGUCAGUGGUCAACACCUACGGCAUACCAUACGACUACUCAUCCGACAUGCACUACGGCUCUACAGGCUUCACCAACAACGGCCAGACGACCAUCGCCACCCUAUAUCCCUUGGCGCAGGAGCUCAUCGGCCAGCGCACGGGACUCUCUCACAGGGACAUACUAUUGGCCAACACCAUGUACGGCUGCAUCGAUAAGUGGCUUGCUGCUUGCGGAGUGGACGCCGACCCCUGCCAGAACGGCGGGUUUUAUGGAGAAGGCUGCGCUUGUGUGUGUCCCUCGGGCACCUCAGGGGCCAACUGUGAGACGGUGACGGGAGACUACUACGACGAGUUGACGAAUCCCUGCACUGAGAAAGUAACUCAGGAAGGCACCCUCACCUCGCCGGGCUAUCCAAGCAACUACCCAAAGAUCCAGUGCGUCAAGUGGAUUGUAGCUCCCGCAUGCCACGUGCCCAGAGUGACCUUCUCAGACUUUUACCUGUACGGAGAGAAUCCCUACUGCGGAUCGACUACAGAGACGUGCUGCUACUUUGAUGGCCUGGAGAUCAGAACCGACAACUUGUACGACGGUGAAGUGUAUUGUGGCACGGACAUCACUGCAGGCCAGACCUUCACUGGAACCGGUCAAGAGAUGGUUUUAUACUUCAGGGCGAUAAGUAAUAAUCUUCGCAGGGGAUGGUCUGCCCAAAUCACCUUUGUGCCGCAACCGGGAUGCACAACCACCACUGCAGAAACCUCCACCACCACCACCACCACAGCAACAACAACCACCACUACAGAACCCACCACCACCACCACCACAGCAACAACCACCACUACAGAACCCACCACCACAGCAACAACCACCACUACAGAACCCACCACCACAGCAACAACCACCACUACAGAACCCACCACCACCACCACCACAGCAACAACCACCACUACAGAACCCACCACCACAGCAACAACCACCACUACAGAACCCACCACCACCACCACAGCAACAACCAACACUACAGAACCCACCACCACAGCAACAACCACCACUACAGAACCCACCACCACCACCACAGCAACAACCACCACUACAGAACCCACCACCACCACCACCACAGCAACAACCACCACUACAGAACCCACCACCACCACUACAGAACCCACCACCACCACAGCAACAACCACCACCACCACCACCAGCCCACCACCACCUAGAUGUUUAAUUCAGGCUGUCAACGGAGUGUUCUACUGGUCCUCCCCCGGCUUCGGCAUCACCAACUACCCGAAUAACUUCAACUGCGCAGUGCGAGGAUUUUCGACGAGAUCCAUGUUGACGCUGAAACUGGAAACGUUCACGCUGCAGAGAGCCAGGAGAAGGAGAUGCGUGGAUGGCGUCGAGUUAACAUUCUUGUACAAUCGAACGAGAACGUUGUGUGGAUCUCGAUCAGGGAGAGUUUUUACAUCGCCAUCUUUCAAUUUCAACGCGAGAUUCUUCACCAACCCCAGGAGGACCUAUCAGGGCUACAACAUCUCCUUCACGCCUGCAACCACAAGUUGUCACCAGAUAAUCACGGCAGCUGUUGGUCAGACUGGCACAAUAACUUCCCCUCCAGCAGAAAAAUACUGCGAAUACCGAAUCCAGGCUCCUUCUGGAAGUCGCGUGCAGGUUGACGAAGUUACAUCUAGGAUUAGAGGGACAAGGAACUGUGCAAUUGACUGGCUUCUGCUGAACGGGAGGAGUGAGAGGAUGUACCCGCCAGACACCAGCUUAAUUAUCUGCGGCAAGAGGGUAGUGUCUUCACCUCUGACAUCCGAGACCAAUGAGAUGUACGCAGCUUAUCAAGGCACCAGCAGGAGAAGCCGCGGUGUCACUAUCAAGUAUACCGUCAUCUAAGUCAAACGUUCCUUGAUUUUCUCGCUCACUCCGUGGACGAUGCAAUCACUACUCCAAUGGAUCUGUACGGGCACGAAUUCAUUAUUACACCUGCAACCCUUUCAGUUUCUCUUGCCCACGAUGUUUCUUUGUUUAAAAUCAUAUCACUGGUAAGCCAAGUCAGCUGAUAAAACUUAAACGAGGAACAGUAGCAUCCUUAUAGUGUUCUACAAUAACCGCCCCAAGAAAAUAAAUAUAUGCAGCAG